CACCUUUUCCGGCGCGGGCCCGCGGCUUCCGGCAGGGGGCCCGGCUGCGGGCGGCAGUCCGGCAGUGGCGGGGCCCGGGGGGCGCCCAAGAUGGCGGCGGGCGGCGCGGAGGGCGGCUCGGGCCCCGGCGCCGCCAUGGGGGACUGCGCGGAGAUUAAGUCGCAAUUCCGCACGCGCGAGGGUUUCUACAAGCUGCUCCCGGGCGACGGCGCCGCUCGCAGGUCGGGUCCGGCUUCCGCCCAGACUCCGGUGCCGCCUCAGCCACCGCAGCCCCCGCCCGGCCCUGCCUCCGCUUCCGGUCCCGGCGCUGCGGGCCCCGCGUCGUCCCCGCCGCCCGCAGGCCCCGGACCCGGGCCCGCGCUGCCCGCCGUGCGCCUCAGCCUCGUGCGCCUCGGGGAGCCCGACAGCGCCGGGGCCGGGGAGCCGCCCGCCACGCCCGCGGGGCUGGGCUCGGGGGGAGACCGCGUCUGCUUCAACUUGGGCCGUGAGCUCUAUUUCUACCCAGGCUGCUGCCGUCGUGGGAGCCAACGGUCCAUUGACCUCAACAAGCCAAUUGACAAGCGGAUCUACAAGGGCACCCAGCCCACCUGCCACGAUUUCAACCAGUUCACUGCUGCCACCGAGACCAUCUCGCUGCUGGUGGGCUUCUCAGCGGGUCAAGUGCAGUACCUGGAUCUCAUCAAAAAGGACACCAGCAAGCUGUUCAAUGAGGAGCGGUUGAUCGACAAGACCAAGGUGACAUAUCUGAAGUGGCUGCCUGAGUCGGAGAGCCUGUUCCUGGCAUCACACGCCAGUGGCCACCUGUACCUGUACAACGUCAGCCACCCCUGCGCCUCGGCCCCGCCCCAGUACAGCCUGCUGAAGCAGGGUGAGGGCUUCUCUGUCUAUGCUGCCAAGAGCAAGGCACCCCGCAACCCGCUGGCCAAGUGGGCGGUGGGUGAGGGGCCCCUCAACGAGUUUGCCUUCUCGCCCGAUGGCCGGCACCUGGCCUGUGUGAGCCAGGACGGCUGCCUGCGCGUCUUCCACUUCGACUCCAUGCUCCUGCGUGGGCUCAUGAAGAGCUACUUUGGGGGCCUGCUGUGUGUGUGCUGGAGCCCUGACGGCCGCUACGUGGUGACGGGUGGCGAAGAUGACCUGGUCACCGUGUGGUCCUUCACCGAGGGCCGCGUGGUGGCUCGAGGCCAUGGCCACAAGUCCUGGGUCAACGCUGUGGCCUUUGACCCCUACACCACAAGGGCAGAGGAGGCGGCGACAGCAGCCGGUGCUGAUGGGGAGCGGAGCGGCGAGGAGGAGGAGGAGGAGCCCGAGGCUGCGGGCACAGGCUCAGCCGGGGGCGCCCCGCUCUCUCCACUGCCCAAGGCUGGCUCCAUUACUUACCGCUUUGGCUCGGCGGGCCAGGACACGCAGUUCUGCCUGUGGGACCUCACUGAAGACGUGCUCUACCCGCACCCGCCCCUGGCCCGCACCCGCACCCUCCCUGGCACACCUGGCACCACGCCACCGGCCGCCAGCAGCUCGAGGGGUGGCGAGCCUGGCCCAGGCCCCCUGCCUCGCUCGCUGUCCCGCUCCAACAGUCUCCCGCACCCGGCUGGCGGGGGCAAGGCGGGUGGCCCGGGUGUGGCGGCAGAGCCUGGCACACCAUUCAGCAUUGGCCGCUUCGCCACACUCACGCUGCAGGAGCGGCGGGACCGGGGGGCAGAGAAGGAGCACAAGCGCUACCACAGCCUGGGCAACAUCAGCCGGGGUGGCAGUGGCGGCGGUGGCAGCGGUGGGGAGAAGCCCAGCGGCCCUGUUCCCCGCAGCCGCCUGGACCCCGCCAAGGUGCUGGGCACUGCGCUGUGCCCGCGCAUCCACGAGGUACCCCUGCUGGAGCCCCUUGUGUGCAAGAAGAUCGCCCAGGAGCGGCUCACAGUCCUUCUGUUCCUGGAGGACUGCAUCAUCACUGCCUGCCAGGAGGGCCUCAUCUGCACCUGGGCCCGGCCGGGCAAGGCGUUCACAGACGAGGAGACCGAGGCCCAGACAGGGGAAGGAAGUUGGCCCAGGUCACCCAGCAAGUCAGUGGUAGAGGGCAUCUCCUCCCAACCAGGCAACUCCCCGAGCGGCACAGUGGUGUGAAGCCAUGGAUAUCGGGCCCCCCCCACCCCAUGCCCCCAGCCUCCUAGCCAUAACCCUCCCCGCUGACCUCACAGAUCAACGUAUUAACAAGACUAACCAUGAUGGAUGGACUGCUCCAGUCCCCCCACCUGCACAAAAUUUGGGGGCCCCCCAGACUGGCCCGGACACGGGCGAUGUAAUAGCCCUUGUGGCCUCAGCCUUGUCCCCCACCCACUGCCAAGUACGAUGACCUCUUCCUCUGAAACAUCAGUGUUACCCUCAUCCCUGUCCCCAGCAUGUGACUGGUCACUCCUGGGGAGAGACUCCCCGCCCCUGCCACAAGAGCCCCAGGUCUGCAGUGUGCCCCUCAGUUGAGUGGGCAGGGCCGGGGGUGGUCCAGCCCUCGCCCGGCCCCCACCCCAGCUGCCCUUGCUGUUGUCUGUGCUUUUGAAGAGUGUUAAAUUAUGGAAGCCCCUCAGGUU